AUGAGCGACUCCUCUACCAGCGGCGAGCACUUGCUUUGCUCCACGCUCUACUCGCCGUCCCGGACACCCUCCGUUCAUUCUUACAACUCGCUCAGCUCGGCGCCCUCUCCAGUACCAGCCCGGGUCGUUCAUCUCAGCCCUAGCGUCUCAAGUACCAUGGGCGUAGCUACGGUUCCCGUCACCACUGAACCGCCCGUGCCCACUGAACAGGUGUCGCCUUCGGCCCCGGCUCUGCGCCACCCGCUUCCACCAAAGCCCGCGCGUAUUCCUACUCCAUCUCCAGCAAUACUGUCGGUACCGCCAGGGCUGAACUUCCCGCGCUCUAUUCCUUACAACGCAACGGCCAUGGAGCGCUUCUUAUCCAUCUAUCAUGACAACUACGGCCAUCGCCAGAGCGUCACCUGGAUGCUUACGGACAUCGGCAAGGUCCCCAUCGAUCACGGCAUUACGGUCGCCCAUCGCAUCUGCCCUGGCCUGGAGUGCUACGCGGUGGUGGGAUCUUUUGUAGCCCGUGGGAACACGGAGGCGCUGUUCAGGAUGAAGCUGAUUGGAUGGCAGACGCCGGAUGGCUGGCAUGAGUUUGCAGGAGGCCUAACGCUACCAGUCUACCUCCUGGCACCGCUCUCCCACUGCGCUAAGUCGUUCUCCGAUGAAGAAUGGGAGUACUUCGCUUGUCCGUACGCGCUUGUCCAGCACACCCAGGAGACCGCCCAGCGCGUCCGCACCUUCGUUGGUGGUAAUCGCAGCAUCCCUCUUCCGCACCACGACUUUGUCACGGCGUCAUUUCUCUCCGCCUUCAAGUGUUUCCCUCUCCUGAAGCUCUUCAGCCCUGGCGUCGCAGCAGGACUUACGGUGGCUAUACAAGAUCUUCAUACGCCAAUCAACGACGGCAUGGUUGUACCUCCCGUACGUUUUCCGUCAGCAAGCAUCCCGAUGUACCAGUAUUACCAGCCCGCGCCCGCGCCCGCCUACCAGGCCUGA